UCACUUUCGCUCGUUUCACCAGCAGGUUAUUCACCACUUUGGUUGUUGUUGUUGUUUUGUUUUUUCCCUUCCGAUUGGCGUUGCCUGCCCGGCUGUCGAGGCGCAUGGGAGAGGAAACCUCAGGUUUGUACAAGAAGCCGGUGUGAUCAUAAGAUCACUCGUUCACCGAUCGAGCUCACGAAGACUCCUCCUUGCAAAGAUUGCCUUUUAAAAGACCGCAUAGCUUGCUUUAGCGUUCAGUUUGUUGUUGGUACUUGAUUCGGGUGAUUGUUGUCCUGGCUUGUAAAAGGACAUUAGUUCAUCAUCAUGGAUCCUACUUUAAUUCCAACAUUAAUUAUUUGCUUGCUGUCGCUUGUUCAGACUAAUCCUGUCGGAUUUAUCGGCGUACCACAUGAUCCGUCGGGUCAGGAAGGUCCCGGAAGUCUCUGGCACGUCUUCCGUCAAGUCCACGCAUCUGAAGUUGCCACCCGCCAGUUGCUGUCGUCGUCGAGAACCCCUUCAUCCAAAGUGGCCGAGACGACGAGAAUCAUCUCUAAAGAAGAGCGUGGCAGAUCUUACGAGCCUUCGUUUACCAUCAUCAGCCGCAUCAGAUCGCCCGUGGAGCAAAUGUUGGCCCUCCUGCCGCCACGACCCAGCUGGACGCCAAACUUCCUGGGCCGUCGAACGGAAGCCAUUCCCAUCCGUAAAGAAGAGUCACCACCAUCGAGCCGGACGUCUUCUUCUUCUUUUAAUGCCUGGCCUCCGCACAACGCCAGCCAUUUGGUGAUGAUUGGCGAAGCGGAACCGGUCGUCGAUGGUGAUCAGCAGCGGCACGUGGAGUCAGCCAGAAAAUACGGCGGCCUCUUCACCGUCGAGAAAGGAAUGGUGCGCUAUCGGAGUUCUCAGCAGUCAGAAGAGGAGAUGGAGGGCAACCUGAGCGGAAACGGGCACUACUCCCGGCCGGAAUCCCCUGUAACGUUUGGUCUGUGGGAAAUGAUGAAAACGCGCCGACCGCAGAAAUGGGAUGCGCUAAACAAGUUAUUACCUUCUCGGUCUACCACUGAGCUAGUAGCAACAACUCAGCCAACUACGACAACAUCUACGGCUCCGCUCAGCUGGAACGUCCAUGAUUCCGGGAAUCAUUCUGAAUCCUUUCAUCGGCUGGAGAACGACGACUCGGUUCUGGUAACGGACAUUAGCAGCAGCCGGACGGAAGAAGAAAAAGGUUCUUCGACCAUCUUACCUACCAGCAGCAGCCAGCAGUCUCAGUUACCGGAUGCAACUGAAGCCGCAAACCGUGACGGGUUUGUCCAAUCUGAAGACGACUCGAUCCGCACCACCCCACAGCCGACCGCGCUGCCUCAUCGAUUCAACAACAGCUGGUCGCUGGUGGUCCGGGUCGACGAUUCGACGUGUUACGCCGCGACGGACUCAUUUGCCAAUAACGGGACCAUCGUUUUCAAGCGGUUCCAGUCGGCCGGUCUCAAUCAAUCUGGUUGGACUGAUUUAUCAGGCAUUGAAAACUAUUUUCCCGGCUUUGGCCGGAUCGCUGGAACGAAGCCGGAUCGUCUCAUUGUCCGCACCACCAUCGUAAUAGCCGAUGAAGAUGAGCUACCAUUAUCAGAACAACAAUAUUCAACAACCCCUCAAUCGAUAAACACGGACACGACGAUUGAAUUUCAAACGGUAUCGUUUGUUCCCUCGAAUUCCUCUCUAUUGACGGAAGAAAUCAUUACCAUCCACAAUGACAGCACAGACGCUGUUCCGCAUCAUUUGGAAUCGUUGAAUUUUGUAUUCCGGAAAGUGGACGAUGACAAACCAGCCGUAAAUAGCGUUGAACCCAUCGACGACGCUGUAGACUUGACGGGUUCGGCUGUUGCAGUUCACGUGAGUAACGUGACGGCCAUGCCUACCAGUUCCACAGAGGAGCAAAUGACGCCACCGCUACUCAAAACCUUGGAGAACCUGUUGCUAACCCAUUUAUUGCCUCCUAUUACCUCUUCUUCGUCUGCGACAUCUUCUUCAUUACCAUCUAAUUCGACUUUUACGUCUCCUUCUCCAACUUCGAGUUCGACAACCAGCUCCUACCAAUUCACUUCUGCCGCCCCUUUGACGUCUACGAGCACCACCUCUUCUACUACUACAACCACGUCCACCGAAUCCUAUUUUCCGUGGGUGUUGCAUCAUUCGGAGCCGGUUCAGUCCAUCAACGAUUGGUCGAUCGUUUCUUCCCAGCUAAUGGAACCUGCUCCAAUGUCGUCGACCUACUCAACUCCUUCGCCUUCCACUACAGUUUUACCAGAGAAAGUUAUACAAUCCCCUGCGCACUACGACCCGGCCAUCAACAAGGCAACAUUGUCGUCGCACACACUCAUCAUCCCGUCCAGGAAUCCGUCCCUGGUCCAGCAGCAACUCACUCCUUCCUAUCCGCCACGUAAAUCGUCCCCGGAUUCGUCUACCGACAAAUUUCCUUCCGCUUCUUCCAUUCAAAUGUUCACUUUGAAACCGGAAGUUGAGGCUCCUAAAAUCGUCACCAGCAAACCGGCUCCUAAAAAGAAUACGGGUCUAGCGUCGCUGAUUCUGGCCCACACUUCCGCUUUAAUGUCCGGAAACAAUUCGCCAUUCUUCAACGCACGCUCAUCCGCCAGCAAUAACUCUUCGUCACAGUCGGACGUCCGGCAGACCAAAAAGAAUAUUUUGCCGGAACCCCUUCCCGUCACAGCGACUGUUCACGUCAUCAUGGCCAGUCCGUAUCCCGAUUCCCUGGAACACGAGGAAGAACUCAAUCGUCGACGAUCUUUAGAUUCUCCCGUCAGGACUAACAAUCAAAACGCAAUUAGAACGGGGAAUUCUUCGUGGGCUUUUCCUUCCUUCAGUCAGCUGAUUGAAUCCCCCGGUCUAUUACUAACCAGCAGGAACUCGUCCUCUUUGAUUCGUGCGGUUAAUACCUCGCCUAUUUCCUCGUUUAACGGAAAUACUAACGACGAUCUGCCUCCUUCACUCCCGCGAUUUUCUUGUGGAAAUCAGUCUUCUUCCGACGAACUGGUUAUCACCAAUCCCAACUAUCCGAAUGCGGAUGAUGAAUCCGGCAACUGUGACUUUCGUCUUCUAGUGAAUUCGCAUCACGUCUGUCAGAUAAGAGUGGAAUUUCGCGAAAGUAGAAUGUUGCUUCCUAGAAAAGGAAAUUGUUUACAUCAAUAUUUGACCGUCUCCGAGUCGACUACGGGCCGACUCAAAUCACCUGUCGUUGAAAACAAGUUGUGUGGUUAUAACUCAGACCAGCAUUUUUACGUGGAACUGGCUCAAUCGGAAAACACCCAUAAUCUUCGCCAUGUAGAUUUUAAAAUCAAUACCAAAGCGGCUGGAUUUCCUUAUCGCUACUCGAUGAUAGUCAAUCAGAUCAAUUGUGAUUUGCCCAGUCCAAACAAAGCUCCCACCGGAUGUUUCCAGUAUUUCAACAGCCGUACUGGUGUUAUUAAGAGCUUCAACUUUGACGGUGGUCAGUAUUGGAACAAUCAAAACUACAGGAUCUGUGUCAAAUCCAUCGACAAUUCUUGCACGCUGGCUCUAUCUAGUACCGAAGGAGAUUUCGGCAUCUAUAAAGCCAAAUCUCGUAGCGUUCCUGCCAAUCGAGCUGGCGUCGGAAAGAAAGCUUGUCCUCGUGACUACUUGUGGAUUCCGGGCACCACCCAGUCGGAAGAAAGAAGUUUAUCCAGUGAUACCCACGAUCGAUAUUGCGGAUCUAAAUUUAGCGAAAGACGCGGUGAUUUCCGUCACAGAAUAGUCAUGGCUCGCAUGUCCAAGAGUGUGCACAUGAUGAUCUUCCAUACCGGAGCGCCAAGGCACUUUAACGCCAGCGAUCACGGACCAGGCUUCCGCAUCGACUUUGAGCAAACGAGCGAAUGUCCGAGUCAAUCCGCCAUUAAUAAUUACAACUACGCCUCAAAUGCGAACAUCAAUGGAACUGAUUCGCUAUUGGUCGACGCAGAUUAUUACGACGAAUUGGAUGAUGACAAGGAUCUUGUGAGCAUCAAUAAGAAAUCUUUUGAAUAGUGAUGAUUAUCGAUUUGAUUUUCAUUAUCGUUCCUACUAACUGUUACAUCUAAUCGCACAAAUAUUUGGAUUGCGUGUCUGCAUUUGAAUCUCAGUCUUAUAUAAUCUUGACGUGUGUAAAUAUCGUUAUAAUUGAGGUGUCUCUUUACCUGGCGAAUAAUGUUAUACAAUUGAAUGAAUUUGUUA